UCCCAGUAUAAAACCUUCCGAUAGUGCCCCAUCCUGCACCGUGCAGGCUCUGAGGGAGCACCAACCAUGAAGGCUUUUCUCAUUGCCCUGCUGGCGGCAGUCCUGUGUGCCGAGCGAGCUUCCUCGCUGUUUUGCUACACAUGUGAUAAUGAGCACUCUAACUGGAACUGUCUUAAAACCUACAAGUGUGAAGAUCAUGAGAAAUACUGUAUAACCACAUACAGCUCUUCUGGGUUCGGCAAGGACACGGGAUACCGCAUCACUAAGAAGUGUUCUGCAGACUGUCCUGAGACUAACAUGAACUUUGGCGUGGCGGCCAUUUCCACCAAAUGCUGCGGUACCUCCCUGUGCAAUUUCAGUGGGGCCAACAGCGUGAAAAUCAGCUACGCUGUGAUGCUCCUGGGAAUUGUGGCCAGUUUGGUCUGUGUCAUCAGGGCAGGUUUGUGAUGAGGGUUGCAGGUAGGAGAAGACAUGACAACCCAAGGACCUGCACGGUCUUGCCAAACCGAGAAACCAACACCUUCUGUCAAGUGUCUCCAUCAGGGUCUGUGCUAUUACGUUUUUUCUAAGAUCUUGUUUCAGAUCCGAUCCACAAAAUGGCAUGGCAGUAUAGCUCCUAUUUUUCCCCUAUGUGAUUUGUUGUUUUGUACUAAUUUUCCCCGAGAAAGCUCUUUUGAUAUCAUGUGUGUGACAAUUGUCAGCCAAAAUAAAGAUUUAUGUUAUUCUA